UGUUUGAAAGAAAUUGACUUUCUUUACAGUUGCUUCUUUUUCUCCUCCUUUCUUCUUCUUCUUCUUCUUCUUCUUCUUCUUCUUCAUUCUGUUAGUCUUUUAACUAUUUUCUGUUGUUUGUAUUGUGCGAGCAGAGAGAGGCAAGCUUGUGUUUGAUGGUUUUCCAGUUUUAAUGGGGGUUCUGAAGAGUGUGGCUUUGUGAUGUUUUUGCUGAUAAAGAUUGAAUUGAUUGGAGAUGGUGGGUACCUGUAAGUUGACUUUUUGAGAUUUGCUUUGAGGGAAUCUUUAAUGAUUAUUUGGGAAGGGGACUGGUGGUCCUGGACUAGUGGUGGAGUUCAUGAGAAGUUUGGAAUUUUACUAAUGGAAGUUUCAUUGGAUUGAUACUGCAGAAACACUUUGAGCUCACAGGCAUCUUGUGAUUUUUGUGGUUUUUUUGAUCGAAGAUUUGAAGUGUAGGAGGAGGUUAGAAAUGGUUCAAGAAAGCAUAUUGGUUUCAUCUUUGAAUUGAUUUGGUUCUGCUUUUAAGUUUUAUCAGUUGGGAUUUAUUUGUCUUGGGUCUCAGUUAUGAUGGAUGAAGAUCCUUGUAGCAUCAAUGCUUUGCCUCCUUUCAUUGCCAAGACUUAUGAAAUGGUGGAUGAUUCCUCCACCGAUUCUAUUGUCUCCUGGAGUCAGAACAACAAGAGUUUUGUUGUCUGGAACCCUCCCGAAUUCGCCCGGGAUUUGCUGCCCAGAUUCUUCAAGCACAAUAACUUCUCCAGCUUCAUCAGACAGCUGAAUACUUAUGGAUUCAAGAAAGUUGAUCCUGAAAACUGGGAAUUUGCAAAUGAUGACUUUGUUAGAGGUGAGCCACACCUUUUGAAGAACAUCCACAGGCGCAAGCCGGUUUACAGUCAUUCUGCCCAGAAUCUUCAUGGCCAUUCAUCUCCAUUAACUGAAUCAGAAAGACGAAGAUAUAAGGAUGAUAUUGAAAAGCUGAGGCGUGAUAAGGAAUUGCUUCAAUCAGAACUAGAAAGACACGUAGAGGAUCAGCGAGGACUUGAGCUGGAACUAGAACGGGUAGCUGAGCGUCUAAGUGAUGCAGAAAAACAGCAAAAGAGCAUGUUAUCAUCCUUAGCUCGGGCGUUGGAUAAACCAGAGCUCGCAUUAGGCCUCGUGCCACAAUCACCACUGCCUUACAGAAAGAGAAGGCUGCUGGGAAAUAGUAACCUUCACGACGAAACAGCCAUGGCAGAUACUCAAUCGAGCUCCUCUCAACACUUGGACAAGCUGUUAGAUCAGCUGGAGUCUUCUUUGAUCUUCUGGGAUAAUAUAUUACAAGACGUUGCUCAAACUGAAUUGGAUGAUGAAUCUAGGCGUUGUGCAGAUAGCCCCGCUAUAUCAUACACACAGCUAAAUGCAGAUACUAUAACAGCUAACACUCGUGGGAUCGAUAUGAACUCUGAGCCUAACGCAAGCCCUCUUCUCGAAGUACCCGGGACUGUCACAAAUGCGCCAACAGGAGUAAACGAUGUGUUCUGGGAACAGUUCCUCACCGAGAAUCCUGGUUCUUCCAAUGUAUCACAAGUACAGCAAGAAAGGAAAGAUCUCGAUGCCAAAAAAGGGGAAAAUGAUCCAGUUAACCACAAGAAACUUUGGAGGAGCAUGAAAAAUGUGAACAUAAAUAGCCUUGAUGAACAGUUGGAGCAUAAUGCACCAGCAGAGAUAAGAUAAAUGUGAUACGUUUUGUAAUCGUGAAUUUAGUCUGUAUAGUACAGUCUUUUGUAAUAUUCUUUCGAGCCUUGUAUAUAGAACCGGUUUUUCUGAUCAACGAGUAGUUAGACAAUACUAGACAUGAUUUUCUUAGAUUUA